CAGACACAGCUGGCCCCAUGGCGGGGCAGGCCCCCGAGAAGAGAGGGCUGCGGGAUUCCCAGGAUGCUUCCGGCCUCCAGGACAGCUUGUUCUCCUCUGAAAGUGACAACAGCCUGUACUUCACCUACAGCGGCCAGUCCAACACCUUGGAGGUCCGAGACCUCAGCUGCCAGGUGGACAUGGCCUCCCAGGUGCCUUGGUAUGAGCAGCUGGCUCAGUUCAAGAUACCUUGGAUAUCUCACGAGGACUCUUGUGAGCUGGGCAUCCAGAACCUGAACUUCAAAGUGAGGAGUGGGCAGAUGCUGGCCAUCAUAGGGAGCUCAGGCUGUGGGAGAGCCUCUUUGCUGGACGUAAUCACCGGGCGAGGCCAUGGCGGCAAGAUUAAGUCAGGCCAAGUCUGGAUCAACGGGCAGCCCAGCACACCUCAGCUGGUGAGGAAGAGUGUGGCUCACGUGCGCCAGCACGACCAGCUGCUCCCGAAUCUGACCGUCCGCGAGACCCUGGCUUUUGUUGCCCAGCUGCGCCUGCCCACAACCUUCUCCCAGGCCCAACGUGACAAAAGGGUGGAGGAUGUGAUCGCUGAGCUGCGGCUGCGGCAGUGUGCCGACACACGCGUGGGCAACAAGUACGUGCGGGGGGUGUCGGGGGGUGAGCGGCGGAGAGUCAGCAUUGGGGUGCAGCUUCUGUGGAACCCAGGAAUCCUCAUUCUAGAUGAACCCACCUCUGGGCUCGACAGCUUCACUGCCCACAACCUGGUGAAAACCCUGUCCAGACUGGCCAAAGGCAACAGGCUGGUGCUCAUCUCCCUCCACCAGCCUCGGUCGGACAUCUUCAGACUGUUUGAUUUGGUCCUUCUGAUGACAUCUGGCACCACCAUCUACUUGGGGGGAGCCCAGCACAUGGUCCAGUAUUUCACGGAAGUUGGCCACCCCUGUCCUCGCUACAGCAACCCCGCUGACUUCUACGUGGACCUGACCAGCAUCGACAGGAGAAGCAGAGAGCAGGAAGUAGCCACCAGGGAGAAGGCUUGGUCACUUGCCGCCUUGUUUAGAGAAAAAGUGCGUGACUUUGAUGACUUUCUAUGGAGAGUGGAGGAGGGGGAACCAGAAGUGGGCACUUGUGCAGAGAGCGCGGCCCCCGUGAGGGACACCGACCACCUUCGGGACUCCGCUAAGCCGCCUGGCUCGGUGCAGCAGUUUACCACGCUGAUCCGUCGUCAGAUUUCCAACGACUUCCGAGACCUGCCAACCCUCCUCAUCCACGCAGCCGAGGCCUGCCUGAUGUCCCUGAUCAUUGGCUUCCUCUAUUAUGGACAUGGGUCCGACAGGCUCUCCUUCACGGACAGGGCGGCCCUCUUGUUCAUGAUCGGAGCGCUCAUCCCUUUCAACGUGAUCCUGGACGUCAUUGCCAAAUGUCACUCGGAGAGGGCAAUGCUUUACUAUGAACUAGAAGACGGGCUGUACACUGCUGGGCCAUAUUUCUUUGCCAAGAUCCUGGGGGAGCUUCCGGAGCACUGCGCCUACGUCGUCAUCUAUGGGAUGCCCACCUACUGGCUGGCCAACCUACGCCCGUCUCCCGAGCCCUUCCUGCUGCACUUCCUGCUCUUGUGGCUGGUGGUCUUCUGCUGCAGGACCAUGGCCCUGGCUGCUGCUGCCCUGCUCCCCACCUUCCACAUGUCCUCCUUCUUGGGCAACGCCCUCUAUAACUCCUUCUACCUCACUGGUGGCUUCAUGAUCAGCUUAGACAACCUGUGGACAGUGCCCACGUGGAUUUCCAAAGUGUCCUUCCUCCGAUGGUGUUUUGAAGGGCUGAUGAAGAUUCAGUUUAAAGGGCAAACUUAUCCCCUGGUGGUCGGCAACCUUACCAUCCCCAUCCCAGCAGACAUAAUCCUCAGCACCAUGGCCCUGGACUCGUACCCACUCUACACCAUCUACUUAAUCCUCAUUGGCAUCAGUAGUGGCUUCGUGGUCUUGUACUAUGUGACCUUAAGGUUCAUCAAACAGAAAUCAAGUCAAGACUGGUGACUCACGCCCAGACUCCUGCCCACUCAUGGGGCACUCGAGAAGACCCUUCAACUGCACUCCCUUCCUUCCUCCCAAGGAGCCCUUUCUGGGAGGACGGUGAGAACACAGACGCUCAGCCACACUCGGCCCACAGGGCUACAGUGGCACAGGCCGGCCACAGGAUGGCAGUAGAAUAAAGACAGUCGGAAGGUAUCGCUGCUCACUGGCCAGAGCUUGCGAUUACUGGGAGUGUGAAAACCAUACCUGGGGACACCUACAAUGUUGCUAAUUUAUUUCCUUUUGAUAAGUAUUUAUAUAGGCAACUCGAUGCAGGACAGGAGCAGAUUAGAUAUGAAGGGAGUAGCUGGGCUGUGUGGGAAUUGAUAGGGAACAAUAACAUAAUAGCUAGCGGAAUAUUUGACCUUGCCUUCUAGGGUCUCCAAACUCUGUGUUAAGCCAUUCUCAAUAGAGAAACUGAUCUAAAACAUACCAGCAGGAUGCCACCCCUUAUUUUUGCAUGGUGUCAUGGGCUCCAAGAGCCCAACUGAACACUUAAAAAUUUAUUGAGCAUUUACUCUAUGCCAGGUACAAUGCAAAACACUUUAUUUAUGUGCACAACGUCUUUCAAUUCUCAGAACAACCCUUUGAGGUGGGUGGUAUCCCAUUUUAUAGAUGAGGAAACCAAGGCACAGACAAGUUCAGUUUGCUAAGUAAGGUCACAGGCUACUAGGUGGUGGAGUCAUGUGGGGGUCAGAAAGGCCUUCAAGGGCUUUAGGAGUUAGAGAGGAGAAGGUAAAGCUUGAGCCUCUCUGUAAGCUUGGAAGCCCAGAAGGCUCCAGAAGAUGAAGAGGUUUACGGACGUGGUAUCAGCUCAGCCAGGCCUCUUACAGUUGCAUCUUGCUGGCCCUGGCUGGGCCUCAGGACCAGCCUUGAACCUUUUACAGUGGCCAGGAUAUGGGAUGGAGCAGGGCUUCAUCCUACGCUUCAUGCCCAAGCAUUGAGGACCAUCUGACUCAAAACAGGCGCACAGAAAACGGGGAGGGGAUUGUUCCCAAAUGAAAACCAGAGCCUAGACUCAAAAGAGGGGGAGGAUGGGUGUUUAGAAGGCAAACAAUAAAUGUUCACCACGGGUUCCUUAGGCCCUUUCUACUUCGAGUGUGGUUCCCCAGGCCAGCAGCAUGGGCCUCACUGGGGAGGUAGCUAGACUGGCAGAAUCUCACGCCCCACCCAGACCCCUUGGAUCAGAAUUGGCAUUUUAAGAAGAUCCUCAGGUGAUCUGUAUGCACGUUAGAGUUUGAGGAGCAGGGCUCUAACUGCCCUUGUACCAUAUAACCGUCAAACUCAGGAUAUUAACAUGGUUACGUUAUAACACUGCACACUGUGACGUGACAUUGCCACCAUCCAAUGGGCAGACUCCGUUCAAGAUUCACGAAUUGUUCCAACAGUGUUCUUCAUAGCAAAAGGAUCCAGAUCAGGAUCAAGCAUUGAAGCUAGUUAUCAAUUCUCUCUGGUCUCCUUCAGUUUAGAAAAGUCCUCAACUUUCCUUGACUUUCAGGACCUUGACGCAUGAAGAUUUUGUAGAAUAUCUCUCGAUUUGCAUUUGUCUGAUAUAUUUUCAUGAUUAAAUUCAGGUCACGCACCUUUGGCAGGAAUAUCACAGAAGCAAUGUGCUCUUCUCAUUGCAUCCUGUCAGUGGCACGUGAUUUCAAUUUGUCCUGAACUGAUGUUAACUUUGAUCACUUAUUUUCUCCACAGUCAAAUCACUAUUUUCUCUCCUUCUGUAAUUAAUAAGCAUUUGUAGGUAGGUACUUUGAAACUAUGUAAAUUGCCUGUUCCUCCUCAAACU